CGAAGUCAAUCUAUGUCGUCUUUGAUUUGACUAAAUGCAUUGCAAUGAUUGAAAAAGUAGUCUCAAUGUCACAAUUUAAUGUGACUAACGUCAUACCGUUAUAUAGUGGCCGUAGAAUACGAGCUACUCUUUUAUUUAAUUUAGUGUUUUGGCCUCAGCCCAAGCUCCCCCUCCCCCACCUUAACAAGCUAGCUAGCAUGUUUGGCACCAUAAUGGAGGAACAGACGUUGUUUUCAACGAUCCAGGAUGAGUUUCACAGAAUCACAAUGGUGCAUCUUGAAUCAAAGUUCAUGUCCAAACUGGAUGAAUAUACUCCUCGACUUCUGAACCUCUUCCACUCCAAGGGCGGAAGCAUGGGGUUGAGAUUGCAGGCUAUCCUACUCAAGACUCCAAGCAAUCCUGACAUCAACAUGACCAGAGAUGUUAUCAUUCGAUGUUUGAUGCUGUACCUUGGGGAAUCUACAGAUCAACUCUUAAAAGAGUACAAUGAUGCUGAUGAAGACAGUGUGUCACAGGACCUUGCUGUUCAAAGCCUGAAGAUCUACAAUGUCAAAGCUAACAUGUCAGAGGAUCCAGACAUCGGUAUCGUGGUGGAUGGCGUGAAAAUUCUAACUGCUCUGGGUAACUUUCCAAGGGCUUGCUCCCUGCUUGUUGGGUUGGCAUAUGCUGUGAAUCUUGCCUAUCCAAAGGAGCUCAGAUACACGUUUGAAGUGUUUCAGAAACUUCUCCUCGGGCUGGAUAGUUCAAAGCUCUCCCCAAAAGUGAACAGCCUCAGGAAUAAACUACUGGCUUAAGAAAACGGACCCUUGCUAAACAAAAGGGAAUAGACAAGUCACUGUGAAAACCAACACGCAAAACUUUGUGAAAUGCUCUGUGAAGUUAGUUACAAUUAGGGUAAUUUUCAGUUCAGUGGAUUUCUGCAUGUGUAUUUUUUCUUGCAGUACAUUACAGUUAACCACCCUUUUUCUAAGGACUGACCCCUUGUUCUCAUAUGUGGUAGUGCGGCCUGUUAUAUGGCUUUGGAUCUGUUCAGGUCUGUCACAUAAACCCUUGUCCCUUUUAUACAGCAUAGAGCAUCCACUAUUGCCUUUUUGGAGGGUCCAUGCAGGCUUCACCACUGAAGGGUGAUGAUCUGCAGACUGCAAAACUUUGUUGUGUUUCAUUUGCACUUUAUAUAAUAUGUUUUUGUUCAGUUCUGUCUUUCAACUUAUUUUUCGAAAAGGAAAAUAAGUGUCAUGGAGCCAAGGGCCCCAACACAGUGACAAGAUGUAGCAUAAACAUACAAAAAAAGAAAAUGGAAGUUUUUAUGCCUCCAAGGUCUCGCACAUCUCUCACAUCUUGUCAUGUGUUUUCCCCAGGUACGUUUUAUGUGCAUACUUGUUUUGUGCUCUGCAUGCCUCUUAAACAUAAAGUGAACUCUUAUGUGAUUGAUAAAUUGUUGAAGCAAGCUUAACUGAGUCCAAGUUGAUUGUUGUUGAUGUGAUGGUUCUAAAAAUCAUGUUAACUAUACUUUGAGCAGAGUGGCACUAUGUUUUUGACUUGAUACUGAUAUAUAUUGCCCCUUCUCUGUUUUAUUGUUGUAUUUUGGAAUUUUGCACUUGUUGGGUGCUGGAUAAACACGUUUUAUAAAGUUGCACAAAUAAAUGCUGCUGCUGUUUUAUGCAUUGUAA